AUGGAUAGUCUGGAGCAUUUGAAAGAGCAAGAAAGGAUUGUGCUCUUAAACAUAUUACACAAUUUUGAAGGUAAGAAAUGCCUGUUUUUUGAAAAAUCAUUACAUGUUAUGCUGAGUGUUAUAUUAAACGAUGAUGAUAUAAACAAAGAACAUAUAGAAAAUAUAUUUUUUGUACAUAAAGUAAACGAUAUAAAUGUUAACGCGAUUAAUAAUAUAUCCAAUGUUUUAUUUUUUUUACGCCCCUACUUUUAUGAAAUUAAAAAUAUUUUUGAAAUUAUUGAUAAAAUUGAAAAAAGCAAAUCAACAAAAAGAAAAAAUAAUUAUGUAUUUAUAUUUGUUCCUUAUAUGAGUUAUUUAUGUAAACAGGAAAUAUUAAAAUAUAAUGUUUUGGAUAUUCCUUUAAAAAUUAUUCUUUUCCCUCUUUAUUUUUUCCCGUUAUAUAAUGAUGUAUAUAGCUUAGAAAUAAAAAAUUUAUUCAAAGAAUAUUAUGUAGACAAUGAUUUUAGUAAUCUCAUUUUUUGCUCCUUUAGCUUAAUGUUUCUUCAAUUUCUUUUUAAUGGAGUUUUUAAAAAUAUUAAAUCCAUAGGAAACUUAGCACAAUUUUCUUCUGAACAAUUAAUACAAUUAAGAAAAGAAAUCAUGGCCUCUAAUUUUAACAUACAAUCACCAAAUGAUUUUCAAGACGAUUUUUAUGAUAUCUUAACCAACAUACAAAAUUUUCAAGACCUCAAAAAUUUUAAAAACGCAAACGACACAACAGUAGUCCCUCUUAAAUAUGCGCUCCAUAAAAUAUUUAUAUCGGAAAAAAAAACAAAAAAAAAAAAAAAUAAUAAAAUAAAAAAUAAUAAUAAGAAUAAGCCAACGAUCUUUGCGAGUGAAGAGGGAAAUGAAUAUUUUAGUUGUUUAACGAAGGAGGAACCGAGUGGAAAUUAUAGCCAGGAUGAAGAUGAAGAUGAAGAUGAAGAUGAAGAUGAAGAUGAAGAUGAUGAUGAUGAAGAAGAUGAUGAUGAAGAAGAUGAUGAUGAUGAAGAUGAUGAUGAUGAAGAUGAUGAUGAAGAAGAUGAUGAUGAAGAAGAUGAUGAUGAUGAAGAUGAUGAUGAUGAAGAUGAUGAUGGUGAUGAUGAUGAAGAAGAUGAUGAUGGUGAUGAUGAUGAUGAUGAAGAUGAUGAUGAUGAAGAUAAUGAUGAUGACCAUCAUGACGAUGAUCAUGAUGACCAUAUAAACCAAUUGAAUAAACCUGUUAGUCCAAACGAACCCAUAACAAAAAAAUUAGACAAUGAAAACCUUAUCAAUUUAGAAAAUGAAGAUAUAUCCAAACCAUAUUUUAAAUCACCCAAGAAAAAAACAAGUUGUUCAGAAAAUAAUGAUGAUGAUGAAAUUGAAGAGUACGAAAAAGAGAAGCAACAUAUAUUACAAGAACGUAUAAGUAGAGAGGGGAAAUUAAAUGACGACACUACAAUAAAUAAUGAUGUAAUACAUAAUGAUAAUAAAAAUAUAAUUAAUAAUUAUAUUGAUAAUUAUUCACCAAGGGAUUCAUCAAAUGAUGAGGAAAAUAAUUUAAUUGUUAAAAGAGAAGAUUCAUAUUUUUCUAUUAAUAAUAAUGAUGAUAAAAUUAAAAAGAAUGAAAAGGAUGGUAUUAUUCAUGAGGAAAUAAAACCUGAGGAGUUACAAAAAUGUCAAGAAAAAGAAGAGGAAAAUUAUCAAGAUGAAUAUAAAAAUGAAUAUAUCCAUAAAAAUGAAAUUAAAAAAAAAAAAAAAAAAAGUUUAUCUAGUAACCAUUUUUAUUUAAACCAUGAAAAGGAAUAUAGUCAAAUAUUAUAUGCACAUUCGCAGGAAAGUGAUAUAAAUUAUAUUUCAGAAAAUAAUCAAGAAGAAAAAAAUAAACAAAACAAUAACAAUAAUAAUAAUGAUAACAAUUAUAAUAAUAAAGUAAAUAGGGUGACGUCCAAAAAGGCUAACAGAAAAAAAAAAAAAAAAAAAAAAAAAAAAAAUGGACAUCUAAGUAACAGUAAUAAUAUUGCCCAUGACUUUAUGAUAAAUUGUGAUAACACAAAAUAUUUAAUGAAAAAAAAAGAUAGAGAUAAUUUAGAAAAAAAAAAUAAAAAAGAAAAAAAUUAUUUAUUAGAAAAGAUUGGAAUAUCAAAUUUUAAUUUUUUAUUAAAUGUUUGUGAUCAUAUAGAUUCUUGCAUUAUUAUUGAUAGACGAGUGGAUAUGAUCACACCGUUUUGUACACCUUUUACUUAUGAAGGGUUAAUAGAUCAUUUUUUUGGUAUUGAUAAUUUACAAAUAGAAAUACCUAGAUAUAUUAUAUUUAAUGAGGAAAAUAAACAUGUUAAAUAUGACAUGAUGGAAAAUAAAGAUAAAAAAGAAUGUAAUAAUAAUAUGAUUAAUAAUAAUAAUAUGAAUAAUAUGAAUAAUUAUGAUAAUUCAUAUGGUAAUAAUAAUAAUAUAAUAAACAAAACGAUGAAGGUACGAGUAAAAUUAAAAAGCUCAGUGGAUGUAUUAUAUAAUGAUAUAAAAGAUCUUAGUCAAAAUGAAAUAGGAAGCUUUUUACAUAAAAAAGCUAGUGAUAUACAAAAAACUUAUAAAGAAAAAGAUUCCUUAAAGGAUAUUGAAGAAAUUAAUCAAUAUAUGAGGAUAUUUAAAGAAAAACAUUAUGAACAUAAUUCUUUAUCAACACAUGUUAAUAUAGCAUCUUUUAUUUUAAAUAAUAUUAAAAAAGAAUAUAAUUUUAAUAAAUUAAAGUUAGAAGAUGAAAUUAUACAACUAGAAAUAAAUACAAAUAAAAAUAUAUUAUUAUCUAUUGUAAAACAAAUACAACUAUUAAUAUAUACAAAUGAUGAUAUAUAUGAAGUAUACAGAUUAUUAUGCCUAUUCUCUAUUCUUACGAAUGGUAUUAAUCAAAAUUAUAUUAACGAAUUAAAAAAAGACAUUAUUGAACAAUAUGGAAUAAAAGAAUUAACCAGAUUAAAUAAACUAUAUACAUGUAAUAUAUUAAAAUUUAAUAAUAAACAAAAAUUUCUAUGGACUCAAUUAAAAAAUAAUUUUCAUCUCUUAUCAAAUGAUGAAAAUGACAUAUCUUAUGUAUGUAAUGGUUAUGCACCUUUGUCUGUUCGUUUAAUAGAAUAUAUGGCAGCAUUCAAAAAUAAUUUACAAGUCUUCCCAGAAAUUUUUAAUCUUCUUAAUGGACCAACAUUAGAUAUCAUACAAAAUCCAAUAGGAUAUGAAACCUUACCCAUCCAAAACAAAACAAAAAAUAAUCAUAUUAAUUUAAAUAACACAAAAAAAAAAAAAAAAAACGUUCUUCUCUUUUAUAUAGGAGGUAUAUCAUAUGCAGAAAUAGCAUCCAUAAGAGCUUUAAAUAAAAAAAAUCAACAUUAUAAUUAUCUAAUCUUUACAACCGAAAUUGUGAGCUCAAAGAAAUUUUUACAAUCAAUGGAGUAG